AUGGCAGCGUUGUUAAAACUGACUCAUUUUGUCCCCCUAAUUGGGCUGAUUCUUCGUGUGAAUGCAGUCUGUCCCCCAAACUGGCUUGAGCAUGGGCAAUCUUGCUACCUCUUCACUUACAACCGUGCAUCAUGGCAAGAUGCUAAAACAUAUUGCGAAGGGCAGCAUGGAAACCUCCUGGUGAUUGAGUCGGAAGAAGAGAAUGCAUUUCUGGAAGAGGAAAUGCAGUCUUGGCAGAUGACUCACAUUUGGCUUGGAUGCAAUGACAUCAACGUGGAAGGGAAAUGGAUUUGUUACAGGGGAUCCGUUAACGGCCAGGAGAUGCAGUUUGAAAGGUGGGGUUCCGGCGAGCCAAACGAGUUGGCUCUCGGCAUCAACCAGGACUGUGCUGUGCUUUAUUUCAAUGGACGGUGGGUUGAUGAGGCUUGUGCCACAGGCCAGAAGGCCACAGUGUGUGAGACCAGCAAUGCAGCCAAGUCCCAACACAUUCUGCCACUGACUGUGUCACAUGCCAUGCCAAUGACAUGCUACACAAUGGGCACUGAUGGCCGCUUGUCCGAAGAGUAA